AUGGCUCCUAUCCAAUUUGGCAUCCUCAGCUUUGCCUACCAAGUAGUCGACACAGCCGGGCCUGCCGAUCUUCUCUGCUCCGCCAGCAAAGGCGCCCUCCAAACCAUUCGGGAAUACGUCCCCAUCGACAACGAUGUCAUUUCCCGAGCACCAGAAUUCGUCUUUCACCAUAUCAGCCCAACUCUAGAUCCCGUUGAUCUGGGUACUCUUCGGAUGAAGAUUGUCCCCACAACGACUGUGGAUGAGUGUCCCGAGCUGGAUAUUUUGCUCGUUGCAGGGCCACACCUGGGUAGCUUUAAUCUAAGCCCUAAGCACGCUGAUCUGAUCCGGAAACACGUUGCGGCUGGAAAGCUUCUCUUUACAACUUGUACCGGUGCGAGCGUCGUCGCAUCCACAGGCGUUCUAGACGGGAGGAAGGCCACGGUUAACAACAUCGAGUACGAGUAUUCGAGGAAACUCUGGCCAAAAGUCAACUGGACACGGGAGAAGAAGUGGAUCAUCGACGGCAAUAUCUGGACUGGAUCUGGGGCAGUUGCUGCAAUGGACAUGGUGGCCCAUUGGCUGAAGGAAAACCAUGGGCUGGAUGUGCUUAUCCAGGCUGCUGCCACUUUGGACUAUGAGCCCCGAGAUGACGAUGGUUUGUUCACCGUGUUUCCACAGAGAUUUGAUUCCAAGGGACACAAGAUUUCUACUCAUGUCUUUAGAUAUCAUGAAGAGUACUAG